AUGCAGGACGGGAGUUGGAAUCCGCCGCUCCCCAUCUCUCAGCUGCUGAAGGACCCGGCGGGAGGCAGGACUUUGGAGGGUGAUGGGGGGGUGUUCUCUGAGGCGUCCUCUGACGGGGAGCUCUACCAGGACUCGGUGACAGAACUGGAUUCUGGAGAUGGGGACUUUGCGGAUCUCACUGCCUUCUUGAGCGCAGAAGAGAUCCAUCGCAGCCUGGACCUGGCCCUGGAGGCCUUUGGCGAUUCGUUUGAUUAUGAAGAUCCAGGCCCCCCCUCUAAACCUUCAUACCAGGAGCAGGCUCUCCAACCGGUCCCCUCUCUUCCAGCGCCCCCCCAGACUACUGAAAACCUCUACAUGAGCCCAAACGUGCAGCACCAGACCAAAACCCCCAUCUGCCCCCCUGUUGAAAUCUCUUCCAGCCAGAACGCCCCCCUAAACAAACCCCUACAGAUGUCCAGUGAGGCUCUGCCCCCUGCUGAGAAGGUCGCCCGCUACAAACCCAUCCAGCCCGUUUACAAGCAGGACAAACCCCGGCUGGUUCAUGAAGGCCUGGAGCUGAACGAUCGGGCCGGUUCUGCCACGGAGUUCUGCAGCCGAGCCGCCACGUUCAUCGAGGAGCUGUCGUCCAUCUUCAAAGGUUCUGCUCAUUCAGAGCAGCAGGCGGAGGAGGACUCCUCCUCUCCCGACAGUGGCUACCUGACUCCGAGGAGCCAGAGACCGGUCCCUCAGGGCUCAGUCUCUGCUCCCGCUGUGCCCCCCUGCCAAAAGGCGGAGACACAGUUCAUCCAGCCGGCCAUGAGCCUGGAGCCUCAGACUGAAGGGUCGAUGGGACCGCCGGCUAACUUGAGGUCUCAGCACUCCGGAGCUCCGACUGCUCAUGGACCGCUGUCUCCUCCCUGCUUCAUACAGAAGCUGAAGAGUCAGGAGGUGGCCGAGGGAAGCCCCAUCCGACUGGAGUGCAGAGUCAUAGGGAACCCACUGCCGCUCGUCAGGUGGUUCUGUGAAGGCCGCGAGCUGCACAACUCUCCCGACAUUCAGAUCUGGAGGGAUGGUGACCUGCACACUCUGGUGAUCUCUGAAGCGUUCGAGGACGACACGGGACGUUACACCUGCGUGGCUUCCAACAGCAUCGGAGCAGACAACACCUCUGCUGAGGUCUACAUCGAAGGAGCUUCGUCAUCAGACUCAGAGGGAGAAGGAGCCGUGUCAAAGUCCAGAUCAGGAACCAUGCCUCAAGUUCAGAAGAAAACUACUUCAAUGUCCCUGACGAUACGCUCGCCAUCACCCAAAACCCCAGAUGUGCUUCCUCAUCGCUCCACACUGGUCCAGUCUCUGUCUCAGCCCCCACAGCGGAUGCAGAGCCCAGUGUCAUCACUAUACAGUGGUGAGGUGUCUAGUCCUCCUAUAUUCACCAAACUGUUGCAGGACGCCCAGGCAUCUGAGGGCCAGGUGGUGGUUCUGGAGUGCCGGGUCCGUGGAAGCCCUCCUCUGCAGGUCAGAUGGUACCGCCAGGGAGAGGAGAUCCUGGACUCCCCUGAUUUCCGGAUUCUCCAGAAAAAGCCUCGAUCUGCAGCUGAGCCAGAGGAGAUCUGCACCCUGGUGAUAGCCGAGGCCUUUCCAGAGGACGGAGGUCUGUUCUGCUGCACGGCGUCCAACCCAUACGGCUCCAUAAACAGCACAGCCAAACUCACUGUCGCUGCAGCCGAGGACUCAUCCUCUAAUGGCAUGUCUGCUGAUAGCUCAGGGUUUGAGGAUGUGGCAGUUCCCCCUCCCCCCCCGCCCACAGAGAUCAGCCUCCUGGAGCUGCCACCCAAGAUGCUGCCUCCGCCCGGCGCUUUCCUCAUCAAGGAGCUGGAGAUCUGGCCCGGUGUGUCAGGAUUACAGCUGGGCCCAGAGGUAGAGGACAAGGGGGAAGGGUCUGUGCAGAAUGGACAACCCCCAAAUCUAGCAUCACCACCAAGCCCACCUAAAGCAGCCACACCGCCACCACCACCUCCACCCCCACCUCCACCCCCACCUCUGCCACAGUCUGACCCUACAACAGAUGUCACAGUCAGAGCCCAAAGUCCAGCCCAGGUGGCCCCAGACUCCCCUCCAUCCCCAGGUCUAUCGUCUCCAUCCCCUGGAAAGGACGGUCCUCCGCUGCCCACCAAGCCUAAACCAAAGCUGAACGCGACCCAGCUGAAGCUGCUGCAGGACCAGAUUCUACUGGAGCAACAGGAAGCAGCUAACUGGCAGCAGGAACAGGAACAGCAGGAACAGGAAGUCCCGCCUCCACCUCAGCAACCGAACCAGGAAGUCCCUCCUCCUGCUCCGCCAUCUCCGCCUCUCCCACCUCCCCCCUCCUUCCAGGAGUUGGAGAGCAACGCCACCAUGCAGGCCAGCACCUUCAACUACGCCCGGCCCAAGCAGUUCAUCGCCGCCCAGAGCCCCGGCAGGGCUGGCUACGUCACCCAGUCCUCUGGCUCCUCAGGGUCCGGUAUGUCCUCCCCGAUGUCCCCCCCCACCUCGCAUAAGCCCUUCACCAGGGUCGGCGUGCCCCCCUUCACCAAGGCCGGCAGCGUGGAGUCUCCGAGCUCCCCGUCCUUCCCGCCUCCUCCUCCGCCCUUCUUCAGCUCCAGUAACCUGUCCUCUCCAUCGGGCCCCGCCCAGGACUUCCCUCCUCCUCCACCUCCUCCUCCUCCACCCGUCCCCAUGUCUCCGGCCCUCUCAGAUAUGUCCUCUCCGUUCUCCUCCGUCCCUCCGUCUCCAGCCUCCAGCUUCCUGUCCUCGGUGUUGCCCUCCACACCUUCUUCACCUGGCAGUCCCACAGUCAACGCCCUGGGUCUCCCUAAAGGCAACGGGACGAUUAAAGCGUUCCCCAGGAAGUCCUCUGUCACCAGGACGCCACGCGCCACCUCCGACUCCGACAUCCAAGGGUCCAAGGACGCCGUCAUCCAGGACCUGGAGAGAAAACUGCGCUUUAAAGAGGAGCGCAUAAGUAAUGGUCAACAGAAGUUAACCUAUGAGGAGAAGAUGGCUCGCAGGCUGCUGGGUGCCGACAACGCCGCCACAGUCUUAAACACUCAGGAGACGGAGGAGGAGCCGGUCACACAGGAAGACAAGUCGUCUGAUAGAGAAUCUGUCCCUCAAAAGGAAUACAAAGUGUCCAGCUUCGAGCAGCGUCUGAUCAGCGAGAUUGAAUUCCGUCUGGAGCGUUCCCCGGUGGAGGAAUCGGACGACGACGUGCAGCACGACGAAGACUCCGGCGGUCGUGGCACGGCGCCGUCCUUCGACCAGAAGCUCAAACACUACAAGGUCUUCGAGGGAAUGCCGGUCACCUUCUCCUGCAAAGUCCACGGAGACCCCAAACCAAAGGUCUACUGGUUCAAAGACGGAAAGCAGAUCUCCAAGAGGAGCGAGCACUACCGGAUCAGCCGUGACGCCGAUGGAACCUGUUCCCUGCACACCGCCGCGGCCUCGCUGGACGACGACGGCAACUACACCAUCAUGGCGGGAAACCCCGAGGGCAGGGUGAGCUGCACCGGCAGGAUGAUGGUCCAGGCCGUGAACCAGCGAGGCCGAAGCCAACGCUCCGCCCCCGGACACAUGCGCAGGCCCAGGUCCAGGUCCAGAGACAGCGGUGACGAGAACGAUAACAUCCAGGAGCGUCACUUCCGUCCUCACUUCCUGCAGGCGCCCGGUGACCUCAUCGUCCAGGAGGGCCGACUGUGCCGGAUGGACUGCAAGGUGAGCGGUCUGCCCACUCCCGACCUCGUCUGGCAGCUGAAUGGUCAGACAAUCCGCCCUGACUCCGCCCACAAGAUGCUGGUGCGUGAAAACGGUGUGCACUCGCUGGUCAUCGAGCCCGUGACAAGCCGCGACGCCGGCAUCUACACCUGCAUCGCCAGCAACCGGGCCGGGCAGAACUCCUUCAACCUGGAGCUCAUCGUUGCAGCCAAAGAGAUGCACAAAGCCCCGUCAUUCGUGGAGAAGCUGCAGAACACGAGCGUGGCCGAGGGUCAUCCUGUGCGAAUGGAGUGUCGCGUCACAGGGGUCCCCUACCCACAAAUCUUCUGGAAGAGGGAGAACGAGUCCUUCACUCACAACACGGACAGAAUCAGCAUGCACCAGGACAACUGUGGAUACCUGUGUAUGAUCAUCCAGCCAGCCAUGAAAGAAGACGCCGGCUGGUACACCGUGUCGGCCAAGAACGACGCCGGCAUCGUGUCCAGCACCGCACGCCUCGACGUCCACACUCAGUGGCAGCAGCCGAACCUCCCCAAGCCCAAGAAGGUGCGCCCGUCCACCAGCCGCUACGCCGCACUGACGGAGAGAGGUUUGGACGUGAAGGCGGCCUUCUUCCCCGACUGCAGCCCGCUGCAGCCCGGCGGCCUGGUGGAAAGUGACGACCUGUAGAGACCACGAUGGAGAGGGGGGGAAACGGUCUAACCCUAAAUAACCCUGAAAGCUGCCCUCGUUCCAGCACUCCUGAGACAAAGACAUGGAACUGCAGAUACAGAACUAAAAAGGGCCGGUGGGCGGAGUUGAGCUGGUUGUUUUUUAUUGUAUGACACAACCGAUUAUAUCACAGAAUUCAUCACACCGUGCUUCAUUUUAUCAACUGGACCUGGAAAAAAAGAUUGAAGUGUUUAACGGCGAGGACGAAUGUUUCACGAACUGUACGGCUGAUUCUGUUAAAGUGCCUCUCAUGACUGUUAAGAUUUAAAAUACAGAUUUAAAUAUGAAACAUAGAAUUUACUAUGCAUGUUCAAGUGAUAUACACAGACUCAUACUGUAACUAUACGUAGCUUCCACCAGCUGUGUUUUAAAAAUGGACAUUCGAAAGGAGAAAAGACGGAUGAUUCAAAGAGUCGUAGCGGUGACGGAGGAGAUCACAGAUGUUUAUGUGUAGCAGCGCUGAUAUCUGCUGUAGUUGCAGUAUCAAACGGUCUCAGUGUUUCCAUAGAUGAGCUUACAGAUGUUGGAAAGAAAAGGCCGGGCCUUAACAAACAGUAUGUUGUUGUUUUUUAAAAGCAAAAGAAAUGAGGUUUAAUGAAAAGGAAUGAGAUUUGUUUGUUUAGGAAGGUUCGAUAUAAAAGACACAGGAAGAGACAGCGACGGGAAAAAAGCAGGUUUUUGUGACGGACAUCAUCUUUAAUGUGGUAAGUUAACACUUGAUAUAUAUGGAAGACUAAAGUUGCCAUUUUAUGAAUAAAUUAUGAAGUAAAUUAAUAAAUAAAAUAAAGAAAUGAAUCCUCAAUUAUCAAAAUUGUAUGUGCAGGUUAAUUUCAAAAUAAAAGAAAUGUAUGCACAGAAAUGGAAACAAAAAUUGAGAAAAUAAUUAAAUAUGAAAAUAAAUGAACACAAUAAUAAUUAAAUAAAUUAAAACAUUUUAUUUAUUUUAUUUUACUGCACAUAUUUGCUUAUUUUAGUAUUAAGAAACACAUCCGUGUGAUAAUUUAGGCUUUAAUAUAAUUAUUUUAUUUUUUAUUUAUUAAUUCAUUUAUUUAUUGGUUUAAUUAUUAUAGUGGCAGCUUUGGUCCUCCAUAGGUAGAGGGAUGUGAGUGAAUGUGCUGAUAUUGUAAAAAUGGAACAUAUGCAAACCUUUGGUGAUGGAGGGACAUUAUUCAUUGAUUUCUUUCUUUUUCUUUGAUGGUUUAUUUUAAAAAAGGGUGAACUGAAAUGUUCUCACUCAACAGAGGGUGCUGUGAAAGGUUUCAGUUUAUUUCUCUCACACAUCAAAAGAUUGUCGAAUUUAUUUUUGUAUGAAAAAAAAAAAACAACGUCCGACAAUCUUGACAUAAAAUGA